AUGAAAAUUUAUAGCCAUGAUGCAGGGGAAGAGUAUGCUGAUGUCAACUGGGAUGACCUCAAAUUUGGGGUAAUUCCAACUGAUUACAUGUACACCAUGAAAUGUUCCAAAGCCAAAGGAGAUGACUUUUCACAAGGAUAUCUCACUCCCUAUGGAAACAUUGAGCUCAACCCAUCUGCUGGAGUCUUGAACUAUGGACAGGGCUUAUAUGAAGGUCUUAAGGCGAACAGGACAGAAGACGGCCGGUUUCUGCUCUUUAGGCCUGAACUUAAUGCUCUAAGAAUGAAGAUGGGUGCAGAGAGAUUGUGCAUGCCAUCUCCUUCUACUCAGCAAUUCAUUGAUUCUAUAAAGCAAACAGUCCUAGCCAACAAGCGUUGGGUAGGAGGGAAAUUGGGCCAAGACGCCAAGUGCAAAGCAGGACUAGUUUUUAUAUGUAAAACCAUAAGGCGCAAACACAGCAGCAGGCAGGCACUGAAGAAGCUUCACGCAUUGCUCUCUCGUAGCAGAUUGUGA